AUGCCCGGCGUGCCGUCGUAUCGCGGAUGCGAUGCGUGCAGAAAGCAGAAGAAAAAGUGCGACAUGGCCUCGCCCACCUGCUCCCGCUGCUCGCGCCUCAACAUCGCGUGUGUGGGGUGUGGCCAGCUGCGAUACAAGUUCAAGGACCAGACGGAGCUGCAGGCCGAGAGACUGUCCAAGAAGUCCCGAGGCAGGUCGUCUCCCCCUGAAGCCCGCAGCGCGAGCCCAUCGUCCAUAACGAGCCUCGUAUCGAACAAGCAAACCGCCCGAUCCGUGGCCUUCGUCUCGCUGCUCGAUGUUACAGAUCCGAGCUAUGACCUCAGAUGUUACGGUGGGUGGUUCAAGGAUCUCCCACGGCGUCUGGGAACCAAUAAGGCUCUGGAUGCCGCGGUAGAGGCCAUGGUGGGCUUCUAUCCGCACAUGCGCAGACACGAGCAGGCAUCUCUUUCUCGGGAUUCUCUGUUCAAAUACGUAAACGCGCUACAGGCUCUCAGAACCAGCUUGAACGAUCCACAACUGGCACAGAAGCCAGAGACGCUGUGUGCCGUAUAUGUGCUGAUGAUUUGUCAAGGAUGGACGGGAAAAGAUACAGAUCAGCGUAUGAGCCAUGGUGAAGGGCUUGCGCAUCUCCUCGAUGCAGCGGCGUCUAGGAAAUCCCGGGACCCUUUCGAAGAGAACAUACGUGAUACACUCUAUGUGCCUGUAAUUCUAGAAGCCAUAUUCAACCCCAGGAUACGACUAAGUCGCUGGUUCUCGAAACUCAAGGCACGUGCGUAUGGUCCGGCAGCACCAAUUGCCAGUACGGCCAGGAACUAUAUUAGCUUGGAGUUGAAGAGCCUUGUCCACAUCCCCGAUUUGAUCCGCGAGCCGUUUGAGCACAAAGACGAGAUAGCCAUUGCAUAUGAACGGAUGCGCCUCGAGAUACCGCUUCUAAAACGUGGUCUGGGAGUAGCUGAUGCUCUUGCAUCCGAGUCGCAAACAGACGCAACGACAAAGAUCCGUAUCCAGUAUCAAGUCUCCUACGGCCUGCUUUUGGGUUGUGCAUUAAUGUUUAAUGGGUAUCUGCGAGCCUUUGGUGCUGACGACGGAAACAUGGUCGUGGAGUCGGACAUGAUGGCCAACGAAGCCAUCAAGCUGGCUCACGCCGCCUCGCAAUACAGACCGCUGGGAGCCAGCUUCAUCCCUCUUUGCCUCAUCCCUGCUUGGGCGGCCUCGGAUGACGCAGAGAUUCAGCGGCGCGUGAUUGAAGCGCUGGAGAUUUACCAGGACGACUUUUCGCCGCUGACGGGACGGAGCUGGUACAUCAUGGCGUAUUGGCUAAGGGGGGAGAUGGACCUAAUAAGACGCGGGCUGCACUCGUCGCCUUUGGAGAAUUAUACCAGUAGGCGAUGGGGGACAGUAGUGCUUGAUGAGAAUGGGGAUGUGUUGUGUGGUGGCGAGACGAGUAACUGGUUUUGCUGUCAAGAGUCGUGA